UACAAAUCUGAAAGUAAUCUGCUGAUGUCAUUGGUCUUAGGCAGAAUGGAUCUCAAUAAGAAAGUUUCUCUUCUGAAAUGGUUUGAUGCCCUUAGUGUAAAGUCAAUAAAGAACUUUGAAGACCUCAGAGAUGUACAAGUCAUUACAGACAUUAUGUGCACUUGUGACCUAUUACCUGAAGAGGUUGACCUGUCCAGUUUUGAGAAGAGGUUGGCUGUUGUCAAGACAUACCUAGAAGGUUGCUAUCACCAAACAUUUGAUGAUAAGAUGAUGAUCGAUUUCUCAAUACUGGCAGGCAAAGUUAGAGGAGAUGUAUUUGAACUAGAAAUGGGAAAGCUUUUGCUAGCCCUGUUGGGAUGUGGUGUUCAGGACAAAUCACGGGAUAGAUUCAUUCAACCAGCCUUAGAUUUGGAUUCUGAAAGCCAGAUCAACCUUACAGAAAUGCUGCAGUCCCUCUUGCUUGGUGAUGCCAUGGACAUGAAACUGCCAGAUGACUUCCCUGAUGUCUUAAAGAGAAAAAGUGAGUCAAGUUCUCAUCGUGAUGCCGCUCUUUUCUUCAAACUAGUUGCAGAUGGUGCCAGAGAUUCUCCACAGCGCUCCCAGGGCACACCAAAUCCUUCCAACUCUUUUCCUGCUAAUGGUAGAGUAGUCUCCCUUUUAUUUGUUUUAUUUAUUUUUUUGAGACAUGUCAAAGUCACAUGUUGAUUAACUUGAUUUAAUCUAUGGCUUGAAUAAUGGUAUCAGACUUGUAACAGUGUAUUUUACAACAAAUGAGACUACGGUUUACUGUAUAUAGAUAUUGAACCUGACCUAAACACUUUGAUUAUAUGAGCCUCGUCACGACAAAACCAACAUAAUGCGUUUGCGACCAGCAUGGAUCCAGGCCAGCCUGAUCUGGAUCCAUGCUGUUCGCUUACAAACCCUAUUACAAGUAGAGAAACUGAUAGCGAACAGCAUGGAUCCUGAUCAGACUCCGCGGAUGCGCAGGCUGGUCUGGAUCCAUGCUGGUCACAAACCCAUUAUGUUGGUUUUGUCAUGGCGCGGCACAAUUAUGUAUAUGACUGUACACAUGGCACCAGUAUUCAAGCAUUGUUAUAAGAGUUUAGAUAGUGCUACUUUUACUUCAGCCAUUUUUGUCAAGCAAAAUGAUGUCCAAACAUUACUUUUACAUACAUAUUCUUUUUCAAUGUUACUUUUAGACAUAUAGUUAAAACUUAAAUUUCUACAAAUAUUUUAAAACAUCAACUGUCAUGUUUCAUAAUUGCUUGACUUAUGGCAGAAGAAAAAC